GUCUAAAGAGCGCCCGGGUAGCGAUACGGGCGGCAGAGAAGGGUCCAGCGGGCGUGCAAGAGGGUCAUUUUAGAGCUCCUGCUGUCUGCUCGCCUUCGGACCCUUAGACCCUUAGAGCCUUGGUCGUCGUCGUCAUCGAUCUGGCGGGAAAACUGGGGCGCAUCAUCGAGCAUCAAGCAGGGUCCUACGUCACUACUGCCAUAUCGAUGGAUGAUCGCCGCGUCUUGGUCGCCCUAUCAUCGUCGCUUCUCGCAGUCAAUGUCAAGCCGCCGUUCAAUGACGAAAGUCGACGUGCGAUGUCGCGCGAUGAAGGCCGCUCUCAUCAUGUUGCCCGUGCGAGCGGCUCAGCGUCCCGUGCCCGAGCCCAGCCCGAUCCUUGUAGCUUCUUUCCACCUCGAUCGGCAACCUACCUCGAAUUGGCGAGCCAGCGCAAAAGAAGACUGACGUUGAGUGGCGAGGUGAUGAGGAGUAGAGGGAGCGGGGGGACCGUGAGCUGGGAAAAUCUCAGGUUUCAUCAUCAGCCUCAUCCUCGUCGUCCUCUAGCAGCAGGCGCAUCUGGACCUUCGCAGCGCGACUCGAGCCUUGCUCCUUCUGGACUGACUGACGCACGCACAGCGCAAGCACACCAAGGCAAGGCAAGGCAACGAAGCAGAAUUGGCUCCGUCGACUCGUCUGACACAAGCAACAUCCAGAGGGUGCAGCAGCAGCAGCAGCAGCAACAUCGCAAGCAUUAGCUGGUGGCAGCGGCCGAGCGAGGCAGACGACAGGCCGACGCCCGCCCUCCGGCACAAAGCCAGGCGCUGUCUUUUGCGUGUUAGCGAGCGAGGAGGCGCGCAUUGGCAUUGACAACAAGCUCGCAAGUCGUGGUCUAAGGCAAGCAAGGCUAAGCUCGCGGACAGACAAGCAAGCAGGCGCCC